AUGCCUCGGAACAAUCUCAGUAAACAUCUCAAGUGGUUGCUCGCUGAGAAGCCCUUCAUCCCACCCGCGUCAUCAACCGUGGCAUACGACCCGAACGCAAACCCCACGAGUUCAGCAACACUUUCGCAGCAACACUCCUCCGCUUUGGAAGAGCAAGCGACAUACAAUGAACCUGAACCUGCAUCCGUGUCAGCGCCCGCACCAGCACCACAAGUCGCUGGAUCUGUCCUACCCCGCAGCCUCGCCCGACCGAAAACGAUUGAUAUACACAAUCCCCCAGAAGAGGAGGGAACGGCCUCGGAUAUGGCAAGAUUGAGAGGCACGCCAGCAAGUGGGAAGCCUAGACUCGUAAUAGCGGGACUACCACAACAUGCAUCAAUUGGUUCAGGAGCAGCAGAAGAUCGAUCGACAACAGUGCGGAAAAUCAACGGGCAUAUGGAAGUGCCCACUCCGCAGUACGGAACCGCUCGAAUGAACCACAUAGGGCCGAUUGAUGUCGACUCAAUCGAUCUUACGGGAGACGAUGACAUACGCUCUUCGCCCGUUCCGACGCGCACUCCCAAAGGCCGGAAGCGAAAGAGCGAAGAGUUCGAAGCAGACCUUCGACAUGCCAAGUCCCCCAGGCCAGUACGAGCUGCUCCUGCGCUCAGUCCAGAACCUGACGACGACGACUUUCCCGAUAUUGAUGAUAUGAUCAUGGCUCCGGAUAGCCCGCCCCCGCCAUAUUCGACAGUUGCAGGGAGUACAAGGCAUCCACCAAGGCAGACUGCGGCAGCCGAGGACGACGACAUGGAAGCAAUGCUACAACUAGAAGAGGAGGAGAGGCAGAUGAUAGAGUUAGAGCAGGCAAUAUCUACACAACAACGCAAGCGCAAACCACUGAGCCGUGUGGCCUCAGAAAACGCACCAGCUCGCAAGAUGGGGAGACAGACCCGCAGCCCUAGUCCGGGCAAGAGUAGGCCUUGCGCAGCCAAAGUCGCAACACCCAAAUCGGGUCGCGCACACAUAGCCACUACUAGGAGAGUUGGUCAUGCAGUGCUGGACUCGGAAGAUGAAGAAUUUGGCACAAUCGAUGAGAUGGACAUCGAUGCGCAAUCCCGGACCAAAUCACCUACACCGGCAAAAACGAGGCCACGCGAGAAGACGCCUGUGUCGAACUUGACCAAGCCAGCAAGCCAGACACUACUCCCCAUACGUUCACCAGUAAAGGUUAGGCCAAGCCCGAGCCCAUACCAGCCUGAACAAGACUCUAUUCCUACUCCCGAGAAGUCACAGUCCCCUAAGAAGAAUGUUCAAUCCACACCUGCACAGAUAUCCACAUCCAGCAAGCCUACACCGAGCUCUUCAGAGUUAUCAAAAGAAGAAAAGACUGCUAUCAAGGGGGCUAUUGAUGUAUUUUUAGCGACAGAGGGACAAAGACUACAGAGCCACCUCAAUGCAGCCAGCUCAGCAUGGGACAGUGCCCGUGCUGCUUUCGUAGCGCAUCUCUCCGAGUAUGGGAGACCCGACCCCAGCGAAAAGGAAAGAAUGGAACGCGCUCGCUCACGGAAGGAUGCUGUGGAGCAGUUGAUAGCCCUGAAGAUCCGCCAUGACGAUCUGGUGGCUCAGAGGCAAAAGGUGAAGCAAAAACUCGAGGACGACUUGAACAUUGGGCAAUUUGAUGCAGCAGACGGUGAAACGCUGAGCAAACUUUUCAAGACGAUCGAGGACAUCCAGAUACAAAUGCAUUACCUAUUGGAUUUGGCAGCCAUCAAGCAGCAACCCAACCCUGUCUUGAAGCCAGAGCCGAGGACCAGUCGCAAUGUGGUCAUACAAUCAACCCAGGCAAGCCCGGUCCGAUCUGUUUCCAAUGGUUUAAAAGAUGCAGGCCCGAAUCGUAUCCCUCAAACACAGUACCCCAAGCACACUGACGCUGCUGUUGAAGAAGUGUGGACCCCGCAUCGCCGUAUACGAUUCGCUGAAGAACAGGUCGCUGCAUCUCCCUUGCCUCCCCCAAACCUAGGUGUUCUUUCUCGCACCGAUACUGGUGUGAUGGGAAGACAUAAUACAAUGUCUAAAGAUCAAUCGCACCGAAUACCCGAGACACCAGAGCGUCGGCGCCCUACAAACAAGCCAAAGCCAGUAGCACGUCAAGACACACCAGAUGAUUUUGGAGAGCUGGAUCUUGAUGAAGAUGAGAACUUGUUCGCCAACGACACAGGCACCCACCAUCAACCCAUCGAGCUCGACGAUGACGAUGAAUUUGGCGAGGAGUUUGGUGCAGACGACGAAGAAUUUCUGCAUGAAAUUAAUAAUAUCGAGAAUCAAGCUCCAGGUGGUUUCGACUGGAGAGGGGAACGGGCAGUUCCUAAUCCAUCAACAAACUCCCGCGAGGUAUUCCGUGAGGCCUCGCCAAAUAAAGUCCCACCGAAACAAAACCCAUCGUCACCCGAGAAACCGCAGCUGAAUAUGCCGGCCAAGAACCACCCAGGAAUGAACUUCCCAUGGUCUCAAGAUUUGCGAACGGCACUUAUUCGUCGGUUUGGCCUAAGAGGCUUUCGACCCGGACAACUGGAGGCUAUCAACACUACGCUAUCUGGCGAGCACUGCUUUGUACUGAUGCCCACAGGAGGCGGCAAAUCGCUCUGCUACCAGCUGCCUUCGGUAAUCACUUCAGGCAAAACACACGGAGUCACCCUGGUAGUUUCUCCACUGCUGAGUUUGAUGGAAGAUCAGGUUGAAGCGUGCAAACAACGUUUCGGCAUGCAGGCUUUUCUCAUCAACGGAGAGUCAACUGCAGCCCAGAAGAAGAUGAUCAUGGACGGCCUGCGCCAAAGGGAUCCGCAGCAGUUCAUCCAGAUACUCUAUGUGACGCCGGAGAUGCUUAGUAAAAACCAGAAAAUGAUCAGUGCCUUCGAGAAACUGCAUUCUGGGGGCAACCUUGCCAGGAUCGUCAUCGACGAAGCGCACUGUGUCAGUCAAUGGGGUCAUGAUUUUCGACCCGACUACAAAGCACUUGGAGAUGUCAUUCGUCAGUUUCCUGGGGUCCCCGUGCUUGCGUUAACUGCGACUGCGACCCAACUCGUCCGUACUGACGUGGUAGCCAAUCUUGGUAUGCAAGGUUGCCGUCAGUUCUCUCAGAGCUUCAACCGCCCGAAUUUGUCCUAUGAAGUGUUACCCAAAGCCAAAGGUGUUAUCAAUAGCAUCGCGGACCUGAUCAAGGAGAGAUACGUCGGAAAAUCCGGUAUCAUUUACUGCCUAUCACGAAAGGGCUGCGAACAAGUGGCGAAAAAGUUGUGCGAGAUGGGCAUCCGUGCCCACCACUACCAUGCCGGAAUGGACUCUGCUGAUCGUUCUGAUGUUCAGCGCAAAUGGCAGAAAAACGAGCAUCACGUUAUCGUCGCAACAAUUGCCUUUGGUAUGGGUAUUGACAAGGCCGACGUACGAUAUGUCAUUCACCACUCACUACCGAAGAGUCUGGAAGGUUACUAUCAGGAGACUGGACGCGCUGGUCGUGAUGGCAAACGCUCAGAAUGUUAUCUGUACUACCAAUACGCUGACUCGAGAAUCUUGCGCAAGAUGAUUGACGAAGGCGAGGGCAGUAGAGAACAGAAGCAAAGGCUCAGCGACAUGCUACGAACUGUGGUUCAAUACUGCGAAAACAAAGCCGAUUGUCGACGCGCUCAAGUACUCGGAUACUUUAGUGAAGCUUUCGAUGCCUCAAAGUGCAAUUCGACAUGCGACAAUUGCCGGUCUGAUGCCACAUUCGUUACAAAGGACGUCACAGAGUACGCAGCCAUGGCCAUCAAGCUUGUCAGUCGGAUCCACGAGGACAAUGUCACAAUGCACCAGUGCGUAGAUGCUUUUCGAGGUGCCAGCGGCGCCAGGUUCAAGAGUGCCGGGUUAGUAGAAUAUGGAUGGGGUUAUGGCAAGGACUUGGACAGAGGCGACAACGAGCGCAUCUUCCAGCAUCUGCUGGAUGCCGGUGCAUUCAAGGAAAAGAGCAAGGUGAACAAGGUUGGCUUUGCAACAAGUUACCUACAUCCUGCUUCGAUACGCAACGACUACGAGACCAAACGGAAGCAGAUGAAGCUGCAAGUGCGCGCCUCGCCACUCACAGCACGCACAAAGGCGCCCGCAGCCAAGAAGACAAAGAAACAACAAUCGCAGUUCCCAUCGACCAAUGUUCCCUCUCCUGUACGGGCACCCAAGCAAAAGAUUCGAUCAUUCGCUUAUAAUGGGCGCGAUGAGGAUGAGGACGAGGACGAGGAAGAGGAUGCCUUUGAUGCUCCUCGCCACCCAAGCCGUAAGAGGAGAGGCCAUGGUUACCAAGCCGACGGCUUUGUAGUCGGCGAUGGAGACGAAAACGAGGGGUUCGCACCGGUUCGCGAGGCCAAACCGUUGAAAGCAACAAAAGCGAAGGGCCUUGGGGUUCCCAUCACUACAGAUGAGCGCACCGCACAACUCACGGAGCUACAAAGCGAUGUAUUGCGGGAUUUCAUGACUGGGGCCAAGCAGAUGAGAAAGAGUAUACAAGAGAGAAAGGGCCACCGCGAAGCCAUCUUUACCGACACUGUACUUCGUGAGAUGGGCCUUGACUUGCCACGGAAUCUCGAUGAGAUGAAGACGAUACCAGGGAUCCGAGCCGAGAUGGUGGAUCGUUACGGUAAACAGUUCCUACCGUUGAUCAACAACACGAGGGAAUUUUAUGGAGACGAGGUGCCAAUUCCUCGGAAUCCGCAGCUUCGCAACCGGCAAGCCCAAGUGGUGCCCGUUGUGUAUGAGAUUGACGAUGACGAGGAAGUGGAGGAUCAGAACCAUAAGCUUGUUUAUGAUCUGUGUGGUGACUCGGAGGAGGAGGCGGCAGAGGUGCCAGCUGGCAAUGGCGAGGAUUCUGGGGAUGAAUCUUCGUACGGUGGUUUCGACGAUGAUGACGAUGACGAUGAGGAAGUGCAUACAAGUCAUCACUUUAUGCAGAACCCAGAAGUGACAGACUUCAACAACCGAUAUACACAGCUUGGUGGAGGCGCAGCACCAACGACCAAGGCUGCAAAGAAGAAGAAGGGGACGUCGCGCAGCAGGCGGACAUCGGGUAACGUUGGCAGGGCCUCUGGAGGCGUCAAGAAGCGUGCGCCGAAGAAUGGUGGCGGCAGAGCUUCGGCUAGUGGCUCGACAGCCAGGAGGCCUUCUGGGGGUGCGGGUCGAGGGGGGGGAGGAGCAUCAGGGGGCGUAUGGAGCAACAUCAUGGCCAUGCCUACUUGA